UCGCGAGAUCAGAGUUCUCCAACUUGUCCAACAUGGCGCCUUAGGGGCAUUGUUAUUGUUCUGUUGUUCCUUGAAGAGUUGCUCGGCAUUUAACAACCACCACGAAAUUAAAGGCCGGGCAUGUCAGUGCAGGAAUGAGAAGAAUACCCCGAGAUAAUGUUAAGGUCCACCGGCUUUUUCCAAGGGAUUGACUGCCCGUUUUACACGGAAAACAGCGAUGGCAGGAGCGGCUUCAGUGGGUGUAACAGACCGUACUGUCACUUCAGGCACAGACAGCAGCAAAGACGGACGUCCUAUGGAGCAUUGGCCGAUGUUAAAAAGCAAAGAAACCGUCACUUCGGACAAAAAGAACAAGGAUACGAUCCCUUCAACCCAGAAGUAAGCAGACCGCAGCAGCAGGAGAAUGGCGAGGAUGCUGAAUCAGGUGACAUCACCGGCGCCUUGGAGAUGGUUAACCGAGCCAUCGAGGAGGUCCGCAGCCAGGUGGAGAGAGAGAAGAGGAAACUCUUUCAGAUUGAGGAUGAACCGUACAAUCCCAACAAGGGAGCUGGCCCAUCCAGAUCCAAUGCUGCAAAAAGGAAAGCGGCAGGCUCACACUUGGCUUACGAUCCCGGGAGUUAUCAGAUCUCCUCAGAGGGAUUCAAGCCCACUCCUGGUUGCAGCAAGUACACCUUGGAUUCAGACAGUCCGGUGGUCAACAGUAACUCAAUGGAAUAUGUUCCCACUUCUUUAAAAAAGCCUCCAGCACAAAUCCCUUCUUCUCCCCCAAGUCCAAAGUAUGCAAACAGUACACCUUCUUCUAAGUGUAAAUACACUGUCGACAGCUCUAGACCGUCUACAGACAUGGAGUACGACCCGCUGUCUAACUACUCAGCCGGAAUCGCAGUCAAAAGCAAGAGGGAUUCCGUCACGCAGCUUGUUAGUACCAGCUGUGGCAAGACAUUUAAACUCCCAGGAACAGAUUUGCUGGAUGAGGGGUAUUUUAUUGACGGGAAAAAGCAGUGUCAGCCCAGCAUCAAUGCAAACAAGUAUACUAUCUCUGACUCUGAUGGGGAGAGCUCAGGAACAGAAUACAGACCCACCUCACUCAGCAAUCUGCAGCAAAGAAAAUGCAUCACUUUUGGAAAAGACAUGCCUGAAGGUGUUCAGGUGCAGGGCAAGACAGAUGAACGGACCCUCGACUCUGACAUUCAGGGAUGGGACAAAACCAAAAACCAUCUGGAGAAGAAGAAGGUGGCUGAUGGAAGCAGGCAAGACAAAAAGCCUGAGAAAGUGCAUAGACUUGAAAAAGACAUAAACAAAUCAGCCAGCAGGAGUUUUGGCAGCAGUAGUAAAGACAGUGGCUCAGCGAAGGGCUUAAAGAAUCAAAACAAGAGUCACGGAAAAAAGGACUUCGGGAAGAGCACGUCAAAGGAUAAAAGAUCAGAUAAAGUUCAGAGAGAAGGCAGAGAUGAAAAGAAAAAUGACGGGAAGGUCAGGACUGUGGAAAAGCUUAAAAGAGAUGCAAGCAAAGACCACAAAGAUGCAAGAGAAAGCAAAAAACUGAAGACCUCAGAGAGAGAAAAAGAACACAGCAGGCAAAAGGACAGCCAACAGAAAAACGGUAAACUUAGCAGCAUUAAAAGAGUCAAAGAUACAAAGAAAACCAGUAAAAGCAGUUCCAGCAGCAGCAAAGGGAUUUCAUCUGUCAGCAAUGACAAAAUGAAGCGAAGCCUCACUUUAUCACAUGAAAAAAGACUGGAAGUCAAAAAGCAGAAUCUGAGUCUGAGCCACGCAGAUCUGUUUGGAGACGAGAGUCCAGAAGAGGCGGAACCGAUUCUGGUGGAUUCCGGGGAUGAGUCCGAGGAAAUCCUGGUACGGAAGUCAGCCGAUGCGUUAAAAAGAGUCCGUCUCAACAAGAGGAAAGUCUCCGAGUGGACUCAAUCCUCCUCUGACAAUGAGAGUGAUCACAAUGAAGAAUGCAAGGAGGAAGAGGCCGACAGCAUCGACCUUUCCUACUUCCAAGAUGAUCUGGAUUUGGACUCUGAUCCCAUGGAGGAGUGCUUGAGGAUCUUUAAUGAAUCUAAAGAUGUGAAGAGGGAAGACAAGGGAAGGCAAGCAAAGCAGCCUUCCAGGGAUUCAGAGGAGGAUAAAAGCACAGAUUGCACUUUAGCAACUCUCCUUCCCGGCCAGAAGAAGAGGGUGUCCCAUUUAGCUGCCAAAGGAAACGUUGAUCCACCUGCAAAGACAGCGAUCCGCUCGUAUAAAAGACCAACACCCCAGGAGGCGUGCUUCCAGCGAAUGCAGAUAGCACAACAACAAGCCGCUCAGCUCUCCGCUUCUGUCAAAGCCGCCGCCGCGCAAAGCUCCAGCAUCGGCUUUUCUGGAGAGAAGAAAAGAAUCGCCCACCGUCCCAACCCUUCAUCGCCUAAGACAAGAGCAGGACCUGCAGAUGUUAAAGCAACUGCCAGUCGAGUAUUAUCUCCCAGUCAGACCCUGCAGGGUGUCAAGACCCAAACCACUGCUGGGAUUCUGUCCAAGACCUCCUCUACAGCCACGCAUAAGAGGGUGGCGCACACACCCACCAUGAAGAGCUCUUCAUUGAAGCGACCCGUGAUUCCCUCUGAAUUUGGUGCCAAAGUUCCCACCAACAUACGCCAGCGCUACCUCAAUGCUUUCAUAGAUGAAUGCAUCAAGUUUUGCUCAUCAGAGGAGGACGCCUUUCAGAUAGCCCUGGAUGAGGAGAAGGUGGUGUAUGAGCGCAGCAGCAGUAAGAACAUCUACCUUAACGUGGCCGUCAACACGCUGAAAAAGCUUCGGGGCAAAAGCAGCUGUGGCCCAACAUCUGCCUCCAAGGUGUCUGGGUUGGGAGCUAAAAGGAGAGCACAGUCCCAUGAGGAGGUUCUGGGAGGCCGGCUGGCAGCCACAACCAGCUUCACUGUCAACAGGUCGGGUAAACAGCAGGAGGAGAAACUUACCGGAGCUACUCUGUACAGGAAGCUGAAGGCGUACCUGCUGACGGAGGAGCAGCUUCAGGAGCACGGCUAUCCCAGAGCAAACCCGGAGGCUCCAGGCAGGGCCGUCCUUUACAACCUCCCAGAGAAAAAGGCCGUUGUAGACCCAUUCACCAAGAUUUGCUGCCGCUGUGGUGCAGAAUAUAAGGUCAACGUGAACGGUAGCUGUGUGAGGAGAGAGGAGUGCAGCUAUCACUGGGGACGUUUACGCAGACAGAAAGUCUCUGGAGGCUGGGAGACGAGCUACAGCUGCUGCACUGCAACUGUGGGAGCGGCAGGAUGUCAGAUUGGCAAGCAACAUGUUCAGGAUGCGCGUAAAGAGUCGCUGGAUGGCUUUGUGUCAACGUUCAGCAAAUCGCUAUCACCAGAAAAAAAUGGAGGGGUGUUCGCUUUGGACUGCGAGAUGUGUUAUACCAAACAGGGUCUGGAGCUGACCAGGGUGACGGUCAUCGACUCUGAGCUGAAAGUCGUCUACGAUACGUUUGUUAAACCAGACAGCAAAGUGGUCGACUACAACACACGGUUUUCAGGAGUGACAGAGGAAGACUUGGAGAACACCACCAUCACGCUGAGAGAUGUUCAGGCCGUUCUGCUCUGUAUGUUCAGCUCAGAGUCCAUCCUCAUCGGACACAGUCUGGAGAGUGACCUCCUCGCUCUGAAGCUCAUCCACAGCUCUGUCGUGGACACCUCUGUAGUGUUUCCUCACCGCCUUGGUUUGCCCUACAAACGCGCCCUGAAGAACUUGAUGGCUGAUCAUCUCAAACGCAUCAUUCAGGAUAACGUGGAUGGCCAUGACUCCAGUGAGGACGCCUCGGCCUGCAUGGAGCUGAUGUUCUGGAAGAUUAAAGAAGAUGCAAAGGUCAAAAGAUGACCCUUCCUGCUCUGCACUCAUCUGGAUGAUGUUCCUGAGAGUUCCAGAGGUUCAGAAACCGUGCACUUGUUGCUCUCAGAGAUAUUUAGUCAGUUUCUAAAAUGGUUUAGCACAGAUUGUUACAUUGCAUCAAAAGAGAGCACCUUUAAAGCAAUAGGAACCCUAAAUUAAUCAUAUUUUCAUUAAAACAAACUACAUUUAUUUUGGCUAAAACAUAUUUAUUCUGUGUCUUGAACGUAUCAGUGAAUACAACUUAUCCAUGGAACAACAACCUCAAACUUAGGUUUAGUCAAUGUCACCAAGUAAACAUUGAUUUAUAUUAUUUAAAAAGUAUAACAGGCCAAAUCCUGAGUAUUUAUUGCACUAUACAAGAGAUGCUGUUCUACAGGGUCCAAAUGAGAAUUCUUGUUUGUUGGUAACUCGGUAACUUGUCAAAUUAAACCGAGCUACACUUAAUUUAGUCAAACGUUGCUGUGUAAACGCACAUAGCUCACACCUGGUAUUCUAUAGCUCACAACCUUUCAGUUCGUUGUGAUUUAUUGCGAUUAAUGUACUCCUAAAAACCAAUUAAUUUUUUUCCAUAAGGCUGCCCAUCUUCACCACUAAAAGUUUGGCUUCAAUCACCGCCUGAGAUAAAGCUACAGGAACAUCUACACCUGCAGACAUUGGCAAACAUUUCAUUCAGUGUUGUUUAGUUAGGACUGAUUUGUUAUUGCACAGAGUAACAUGUCGGUUCUGACAGAAAGUAAAAUGCAGAAAACAUGCAGUAAGUAUUCUGUGAAAAAUUUCCUUUGUAUGUCCUCACUUUUUGUUUUUUGAUCUUUUUCUAUUAAAAUGUAUUUGUUUAAGGACAAA